UCUUCCCAAAUUUACUCGGACACUUUUAUAAUGAAUGUUUUGGGCUGAGUAACUCUUUUACCAAAAUGAGAAUAUGUAAAUGAAGAAGGAAAGGGCUUUUAAUGAUGUUUUGAUUCAUUGGUUGUCCUUAAAAAAAAAAAAUACAUAAUAAUAAAUGCUCUCGAAGCACUCUCUACAGUCUCUACUCCACGUCUCCACCACUCUCUCACUCACUCACCCUCUGCUUCAACCCUAUCUAUCCUCGUCGUUUCCAAACACUCUCCGAUCUCGGCAAUGACCAAGCCACACGGUCGUCGCCGUUCUUCCAGCCGAACAAAUCUAGCUUCUUGCGCCGUCGCCACCGUCUUCUUGCUCAUCUUACUCGUCGUCCUCCUUGUCGUUUACUUAACAGUCUUCAAACCAAAAGACCCCAAGAUCUCCGUUAACGCCGUCCAACUCCCGUCGUUCGCCGUCUCCAACAACACAGCUAACUUCACCUUCUCUCAGUACGUCGCCGUUCGAAACCCCAACCGUGCCGUGUUCUCUCAUUACGACAGCUCUAUUCAGCUCCUUUACUCGGGUAAUCAAGUCGGGUUUAUGUUCAUACCCGCUGGUAAAAUUGAUUCGGGUCGGAUUCAAUACAUGGCCGCCACUUUCACCGUCCAAUCUUUCCCUAUUUCUCCUCCUUCCUCCUCCGCAAUCUCCACCGUCUCCGCCGCCGUUGUUCCAGAUUCGCCGGUAAUGCCUGGUCCUCCGGAUUUCACCGUCUCUCCGAGAAACCCAGAGACGCCGGAUUUACCGGGAAACCCCGAUUUACCGGGAAAUCCAGAAACGCCGGAUUUUCCUGGGAAUCCGGGUCCUCCGAGUAUUCCGAGGAAUCCAGGCUCGCCGCAGUUUCCGGGGAACCCAGGAGCUCCAGUUUUACCGAGGAAUCCAGGCUCGCCGGAGUUUCCAGGAAAUGCUCCGAUAAUUCCGGGUACUCCGGCGUUUCCGAGAAACCCAAAUCCACCGGUUUUUCCAGGGAAUCCCGGGUCGGGUAACCCGAGAAAUAUGGGUCCACCGGGUUUUCCAGGAACUGAAGCUCCACCGGGGUUUCCGGGUACGCCGGGAGGAUUCGGCGGGGGAGGAACGGGGCCAACACUAGGAGAUGGAUAUGCGAAUCCGGGUUUCGGGUAUGGGAAUCGGGUCGGACCAACGAUGGAGAUAGAGUCGAAGAUGGAGUUAGCGGGUCGGGUCAAAGUACUGCACGUGUUCACACAUCACGUGGUCGCUAAAUCGGAUUGUCGGGUCACCGUCUCUAUUGCCGAUGGAUCCGUCUUGGGCUUCCAUUGCUAAUUUUUUUUUUUAUUUUUUUUUGCCCUUUUAAAAAAAAAAUAGUUUUUGUCCCUUUUCCACUAAUUUUGUUGCUCCUUUUAUGUUUAAGGAAAUUAAUUAGAAAUUGUAAAAAUUUAUUUUUUUCUCCUAAAAAAGAGUAAGUUCAUAGUACUGUAGUUUUUGUUUUGAUGCUGUUGCUUAGUUUUAUUAGUGUUCUUUUUAAAG